AUGGAAGACGACGCGACCGCCCGCAUGGCUUUCAGCGGCCCCCCCUCCAAUGACAUGGCCGCCAUGGCGCUCAACAUCAACCACCUCCUCCCUAUGGACAUGUCGCUGUCUCAUGGACUGGAUUCUUUGGUCACAGGCUUCCACGACGAUUCGUGUCUCGAUCACGGCAGCUUUAACCACUGCAACAUCGCUGGGAAAAGCCAUGCUGCGAAGCCCAGAGCCCCCGCUAUGGGUCCGCGCAGCCUCUCGCAGACGCACACCCGCCAAAGGCACAGCAUCUCCAACCCGAUCCCUGCUCCCAGCGCAUCCUCGUCCGAUCCGCAGCAGCACCAGCAGCAGCAAUCUUUUCCAUCACCUUGGGACGCCAUCUUCACCCAGACCCUGCUCCAAAACAAUAUGCAUUGUACUGGCUUUGACAUCUGCCACGAAAACGAUUGCGCCGCCUCCUGCAACUCGGACUGCGAAGGCAGCUGCCCUAGCCAGUGCGACGACAAGGACCAUGGCGUCUGCUGCGACGACGAUGGUUGUGGCCCUCCUGGCCUCUGUGUCGACCAAGACUGCAAGGCACCGUCUGUGCCUUGCUCCCAAUCAGCAUGUCCCAUUUCUGACAACGAAGCCGCCGCCGCUGUUACCCUCACUUCGUUCGGAGACAAGGGCAUCACGGCCACGGCCCCUGCAUCCACAUCGCACACUGUCCCCCCGACUCCCAGCAUCGCUGAUGCCGGCUAUCUAGAUUUGCCUACAGUCCCCUGUUCGUCCCUUUCUCUGGACAACACCUUUGGCAACCUCCCCGCCUUUUCUGGUCAAAUGUGGGAUAUUGCUCCCGAGUUCAUUCUCGCCAAUCACAUUAUGCAGUACCAUGACCCGACUCAUCAAGAAAGUCACAUGCACUCAUGUAUAGCCGACAAACCCAGCUCUCUGAUGCAAAUGUGCUCUUUGCCAAAGCACAACUCAACUCCAGACGGCAUCAGCCCACACGGUGUUGAUGCUAUUUGCGGUUUCCAGAUCCAAGACCCCUACGACUUUGCUCAGCACAUCUUCCAGCAGCAUCGUCCCGCUCUCAUGGCCAAUGGAAACAACUUUCACAAGACGCUGCAAAAUGCGACCUCGCAUCACAUGCUUGAUGAUCACCAUCACCAUCAUAACCACUUCUCCUCUACCACUUCUCCCUCUACCAACCUCUCACUCGCGACAUCUCUCUCCCCCACGCCCGCCUCUCUGCCCACUCCGUCUACAAUUGAAGGCGCAAACUACUUCACUGACGUGAGGAGUGCUGUCGCUGAUGCCGCUCCCUCGGUUUCGCCGGAGGACCAAAACAUCUGCCGCUGGCUAUUGCCUGAUGGCAUGGGUGGUCACAAAAUCUGCGGCCACAGGUGCAGCAACCACAAGGCGCUGCAGGACCACUGCAAGUCAGACCACCUCAAACAGAUCAAAAAGGAUCACGCCGGUUUCUACUGCCAAUGGCAAGGCUGCACAAGACACACCACAUUUAGUCAACGCAGUAAGCUGGAGCGCCACAUGCAAGUCCACACUGGCUACAAACCCGUUCAAUGCCAUAUCUGCGGUGCUUCUCUAUCUGCCAAGCAGUCCCUUGAGCAGCACAUGCGCACUCACACUGGCGAGAAGCCUUGGGUUUGCUCGUUCGAAGGCUGCAACCAGUCCUUCAAGCAGCAAAGCGCUCUGACAAUGCACGAGCGUACACACACUGGCGCAAAGCCUUUACAAUGUGAUAUAUGUGGCAAAAAGUUUGGCGAAUCUUCCAACCUUUCCAAGCACCGUCGCAUCCACAACAUUCGUGGCUCUCACGUCUGCGAGAUUUGUGGCAAAGACUUUCACAGGUUGGACCAGCUUCGCCGACAUAUGGGUACAAACCACAAGGACAAGCCCGAAGAGGUCAGCAAGAUCCUCAGCCGCGUCAAAACGGGCAGGAUAGCCAAGCCGGCCCUCUCUGCAGAUGUCCUUGGUGGUCUUGAGCAUCCUGACAUCGUGCAGACCGUCUAG